GGCACAUAAGAAGAAGCAAUCAGCUGUUGUCGUUUUCACCUGUGCCUCUAGCAAUGUGAAAAUCUGCCCAAAAAGUUCUUACUAUAUAUACGUUCGAUCCCACGGAGGAGCUCGGAAAACGUCGCCGAAAUAGAGCAAAAACUGGUCUGUGGACAAAACAACCUACAUCGUCGGCAACAUUUUUUUUUGUAAACAAAUAAUUUGCCUUGGGGAAAAACUCAACUAGCUAUUAACAAAUGCCGUUCAGCUGAGAAAAUUGCAUGGAAAAACGCGACGAUGGACAAUAAGAAGGAUAUAUACAACCUCUGGGUGCAGUACACGACAAAGAACGAUGAAACCCACUUCCGGCAAUUUGUGGCCCGCUUUGUGGCCAUUUGGAGAAGCCAGCUCCAGCUGGACUUUCAGGCGGAAAAUUGCCCGAUGUGGCACGAGGUUCAGCCGGAUAGUGGUCCCCACCUUGGCCGCCUGCCGGAUGAACUGCUGCCCGCCAUCGGUAAAUUCAUCAUAGUAGCCAGAGAUGUGUGCGAAACGGAAGGUAAAAUGGAAGAGAAGGCCAUCGAAGAAGUGGCCAUACUCGUGGACUGUCUAGUGAUCGUGUGCCGGCACUUUGACAAUAUACUGGCCAUCAUCAAGUAUGAAUACAAGCCGAAUUUGAUCGCCAUACUUUCCAGGGUGUUCAAACAACAAAUGGAGCUGCCUCAGAGCGUGCCCGCUAUAAGCCACCUGUUCAGCAGUUUCUCCGCUUUUCUGGAGGUCAUGUAUGAUCCAUAUCUGACGUGGCGCAGUUUUCUGCGAGGACAGUCGGCGGACUAUAGUCGUCUUUCCUAUAAGCCCCACUCCGUUCAUGUGGAAAUAGUACCUUUUAUUUAUGAUUGCUUUGAGGAGGAGAAACUCAUCCGAUAUGCGGAAAUUGGCGAAAGCCUGCUCAACAUCCUGGGCGCUGUGAUUUGCGGCUCGCAGCUGCAGUUGAAAGUGCAGAAGUCUCUAAACUCGACCUCGACCCUGACAAAUAGAAAUACUAACGCUCUAACCACUUCUUCACUUGCCCCCUGCUCGGGUGAUGGGCUGCUAGACUGUGAUAACCUGCGCAAUGGUAUGAAGGCCAUUUGCCCCGCCACGGUGUCCAUCACCAUGAGUAUCCUGCGGCAGUGGGAGAGUGCCAAUAAUCUGCGCCGCGUAGCUCUGCAAUGCUAUGCGCUGAUGGUCAUUGUGCUGCAGAAAUCUAGUCCGGAAGAACGCCAAAUAGACCUAGUUAUCUUAGUUCAACUUUAUUGUGAUGCUCUCCAAGAGCUGCUGACCACAAAGCACUUUGAUAGCGGGGAUGCCAAUUUCGAUAUAAGCAGUGAUGCUGACCAGGAUGUGGCUAUAGACAUGUCUGCACUCUCCUCCACUGUGGCAGCUGUUAAAUUCUUUGUGACAGGCGAUGCAGCUGUUAGUGAAGCCGUUUUGGAUUCCAAUCUACUGGAACUUCUCAUUAAUCUGCCAAAGCUUAUAAAACCCUGGCACAUAUCCCAUACAAGUUCCCUGUGUAGCACCAUGGAGUCUUUGGCCGCUUUGACGCGCCACUCCCCUCCAUCCGCGGCCCAGUUGCGACAGGGUGAGCGCAUCGAGAGGCUCUUUGCCAGUCUGCAGGAUUUUGGCAAUCCAACAGUGGACCUCCUGGACACGUGCUUCAUGCUGGGUUACGAUGAACGGGAGCACCUUUUGCUGCUACCCGAAGUUAUGCUCCGAUUGCUCAAUUGGGUGCCAACGCUCCAAGAGCGAGAGCAGCUGCAUGUGACCAGCCUUGUGCUCAAGGGCUGCACCGACAACUACAGAACAAAAUCUGUGGCAUGUGGCAGUCAUAUUAUCAAGGCAGUAUGUGGUUGCCUCCUGACGGCGGAAUCUAUGGGCGAGAACUGUGUUCAGAAUCUCAUUAAGUUGAUAGAGGAAUUAAGCAAGCUCAGUAUUGUACCCGUGGAGCUUAAGUGCAUAUUUUCAUUGUUGCGGCAGGGAACGAAGUUUCCGCAGUUCAAGCAGCUCCAGCAGACUCUAGUUGUAAUUGCUUUGCAGAGUCUAAGAGGCAGCAAUUCCUGCGCCGAGUUCUUUUCCAUUGAGCAGCCGACGGAUGGCAUUCUUGUACCCGAUAUUCGGAACUGGACUAUCUCCGGCUCGUAUGGCUUCAUCUUUCACAUUCUGGUUCGAUUUAAUCAGCUGAAAGAGCAGUCGAACAGUCGGCGAAUGCUGCUUACACUGCAGACUGCAAGUGGCAGUGGUUUCGAGGUCUUUGUGCAGCCAAAUGGAAACGUUGUGGUUGCUGCAUUGACCCGGCGGGAAUACCUCACUUCCUCUACUGCCACCAAAACACUUAUGGAUGGCCAGUGGCAUUACCUUACCGUGGCCAUAACGCCCCCAAAACGACCAUUUUCGUAUAGUCAGAUUAACAUCUUUGUGGAUUUUGUUCAGAAGCUGAGUGCCACCCUGAAAGUUCAGGCAGUCAAUGAACCAUUUACUGUCUGCUCCAUCGGUGCAGUGGUGGCUCCACCACAACCAGGUGAAGUAGCCAAGACUGGGAGUAUGUCCAGGUCUUCAUCUCAGGAGACCGGAUCCAGUGGCUACAAAGGAAUGCUCCCCAGCCUACUUGAGCGAACCCUAUCUGCAAAUGUGUCAAACUACUUCACCUUACCGAUGCGCACACAGACGGCAUUUGAUCCAAAUGUAAAGAACUUUCCCAUCGGAAUGCAGGAUACAGUGUUUGGAGAGCAAACGUGUCUUAAUGGACACCUGGGCGGUGUUCUACUGGCGGAUCCAACCACCAGCUUAAAAACUAUUUUCGACGCGGGCUCCAAUUUCAGUUCCAUUUUCUCACAGGACAAUGACCUUCUGGAACUCAACUCUCGCUUUGUCUUCUGUUACGCUCCGGGAGCAGUGUGGCAUGGAACCUGCCAGGACUUAAUACCAGGCGGAAAGUAUCCGGGAAGGAUUAAUGCCCAACACUGCAAAAUCAUUAAGAUCCAGGAGACAAUCAAUAGUAUCGGAGGUAUCAGUGCAAUAUUACCCAUGCUGCAUAGACUAAUCACUUCGGAUCAGACGACAGACAUCUCCAUUGGAAGUGUAAGCGAGGAGUCCUUGUCCUGCGCACCGACACCCUCGGCUGAAGAGUUCACAGACUGGGAGAUGCUAUCCUCGAACUCAUACACCGAGUGGAAAAUGCUGCAACAUCCGCUGGCCAGUUUUCUGUGCCUACUGCGCUACCUCACACAUGAGCACGAAACAAACCAAGAACAACUGCUGAGUAGCGAAUGCCUGGCCAUUGUGGGCACGAUGCUCCAACGCUGUCCCCCGUCUUUAUUCGAUGUGAAUGCGCUGAUGGCCACCCACCUGCUGAUGGAGUCACUGCAGGGUCAUAAGGCGGAUGCAGGGGGACAGCUAUUGGACGCUUUGUAUGCGCACAUUGUCUUCGACUUUGCUAUUUGGUCGCGUCUGCAGUUUCAAAUAACCCUGGGACACGCCCAAUACCUGAGUGCCAUGAUUAAGAAUGACAGGAAGUUCUUCCGCAAGCGGUAUGGCGUCCAGUUUGUGCUGGACGUGGUGCGUCAAUACUACUCCACACCAGACAGCAUCAGCGAUGACGAUGCUAAAACCAUUCGAGCAACGCUGUUCGGGAUCAUAAAGUUUUAUCUACAAAAAGAAGUCAACAUAAAGGAGGUAAAUUCGAUGAUUACAUUUCUGGCUUCUGUACGGCAGGAUGUCGUACUUGUGGAGUUUCUGGAAAUGAUGACUUUCUAUGUGCGCGGGAAGAACUGCAAGGAUCAGAUGGUUCUUCUUCUGCACGAGCCUCAGUCGGCCAAUCUUAUAUACAACUUCUUCGUGGACAAGAGCUACAGUAAUGAGAUUCAGGAGGCAGCAAUCAGGUUUAUCAGCGGACUGUUGGCCACAUCGCGGGUGCAUCAGAAGUAUAAGCAAGUGCUUCGAUUGUACGAUCAGACUACUGAGCAGAGCAUGUUCCCAGGAUUUUUCUCCUUCAUUACACCGUUGUCCCUGAGCUCUACAAUCCUAUUUCAUUUGGUUGAUGAAAUGCUGGGACUACAGCCAGACUAUGCCGGUCUUAUAUUUCUGGUCUAUCAUGUGAGCAGCUGUGAUCUUCCCGUGAAACUGGAGAUCGCCAAACGACUGCUUCAAACUACCUUCGUCAAGCAGCAAUCCACAGCAGCGAUGGCAAAGCAAACGGGCUGGCAGGAGUCCAUUGCCCGUCUGCUCAUCCGCAAACCGAUAACCAGUUCUCCGCCAGACGAGGAGAAGCGUCGCAGUUUUGGUAUUAACCUCGACGUGCUGUUGGAAGAUAACUCAAACUUCCUGGCGCAGGCCGAUCUCAUUACGUUUUCCGAGCAGGAGAUAGGACUCGCACAAUUGCAGCAGCAGCAGCAAGAGGAGCUGAGCGACAGUGGCCUAAUACUUAACGAAAUCCAAGCUAGUGUUACAGAAGCAGCCACAGUCAUCGAGAGUGAAAUUAAAGAAUUGGCUGAAUCUGUCUCUGGAGCUGUGGUUGAAAAUGCUAACAGUUUGUUUUCGGUCAUUCGACAAACCACUCAUGAUCUGCAGGACACUUUCGAGUCCCUGACGUUGGGCAGCUCGACGGACACUGCUGAUGGUCCACAGACGCCUUCGAUUCAGCGCGAGGAAUCUUUAAGCUCCGACACCUCCUCGCAGUCGCCUCAUGGUCCUCCCAAGAAAAGUGACUCCUUAGAGAGCACCUCCGCCUUUGACUUUGUGGCCGAUGGCGAUGUGGACACCGAGGAACAGUUGGUUUAUCUAGUCUCAAACACGCUAUUCAACAUUUUCUGGCGCGGUAUCCCUAACGAUCAUCCGCAGUGCUGGCAGGAGCGUGGCCAGGUGCUGGGCUGCAUUAAUUUGCUGGCUCUGAACAACGAGUUGAUUACUUCGCAUCUCUCCCUGCGUCUACGCAUCCUGGAGAUGGCCGUGCAGGCCUCGCUUUUUGAUCUAUCGGAGCACGGCAGUCAAACGCUAGUCAACCAGGAGAAUGCAUCACACAUUCUGCGCAUGGUGUAUGAAUUGGUGGUUCUGGGCUCAAACGAAGAUGAGUCUAAGAAGUGUUCUACAAAACUUUUGGAUGGUGUGCUGGCAUUGCUGGACGCCCUGAUGAUCUUCCAACAGGGCUCCUCCGACGAUUGGUCGGAUAUGAUUCGGUUGUGUUUGGGUCUUCUGCUCAAGUGCUCGCAUCACCCGAAUCCCGGUAUUGUUGCCAUGGCAACGGCCAAGCUGCAUGCUAUUCUCCAAAGUCGUUCUACGGAAGAUCCCGCGGAGCUGUCUUAUCUUCUAUAUAGCAUCAAUAGAGCUCUGGAUAAUGCCAUUGAAGUUGGCAAUCCGGAAGAGUACUCAUUCCUGAUGCCUGUGAUGAAAGCACUGCUUGAAAAAUGUCGCAUAGCCUUCAAUUUGGACUACACUCUCCCUGAUCUGCCCUCAACUUCCUCCGGGCCCGUCUUUUUCAAUGAUUUCCAAAUGUACAGCACCAGCAAAAAGUGGAGGAACUUUAUUGAACGCAAGGUGAAGCCUCUGUACGACUGCUACCAGCGCGACAUCGAGUUGCAUCUGUGGGAGCCCAUCAACCGAUUCUGGGCGGAGUGCUACGAGGCCUGCAAAGCGGCCUCCAAGCAGAGGGCCACAAACCAGGCGGAGAACAGGCGCCUCUUCCAGCAGAAGAUCUACAUGCCGUGGAAGGUGCGCCAGGUGGAGGAGAUGCAACGACUGCAAGCGGCUGCACUGCAGCACAAGACCAUCGACAGCCACAUACGGAAGCGGUGGAAGACCGCCAAGCGUUUCUUGUACGGCCCACGCGGACCAUGGUACACCGGGGAAGUGGAUGAGGAGUUCUGGAAGCUAUCGCCCCAUGAGAACGUGGCGCGGAUGCGUCUAAAAUUGGAGCCCCAAUUAUAUCCAAACAAACAUGAAAAUGCCGCCAAUCUGCGCGACAAUGCGACCAGUGCCUACGACACCAAGGAAAUCUCGGAAUUUGACUCCACCAUCAAGAAUGCCGUGGUGCGCGAUUUCCUGGCCGACGACGAAAGUUCCCAACUGGAGGAGGAACUGCGUCAACUGAUCGACACGCAAGCGCAACAGGAUGUGGCGCUGGAGAAGCUAGUCAUGUCACAGGACUGUGAGCUGAUCACCCUGAUGACCAAGGUGAAGGGACGCAUAGAGGUUAACCAGAGUGUGUUCACCUUUGUGGACUUGAGUCCGCCAACGGAGGAUGGUUCCAAAUACGACUUCAGGUUCUCCACCAACAAGAUACGUGAGGUUCAUCUGCGAAAGUACAAUUUGCGCAGGAGUGCUCUGGAAAUCUUCCUGGUGGAUCAGACCAGCUACUUCCUCAACUUUACAACAAAGACUCGAAAUAAAGUUUUCACGAAAAUCGUGGGUCUACCGCUUCCAAACAUCCUCUACGGCUCGGGAAGAUCGCCGGCUGAGCUGCUGAGGGCCUCAGGACUCACCCAAAGAUGGAUCAACCGCGAGAUUUCCAACUUUGAAUACUUGAUGUACCUGAACACUAUCGCAGGCCGAUCCUACAAUGAUCUAAGCCAAUACCCCGUCUUCCCCUGGAUCCUUGCUGAUUACACCAGUGACGUGCUGGAUCUAACCGAUCCAAAAUCAUUCCGUGACCUUUCCAAACCCAUUGGAUGCAUAAACCCGAAAAACGAGGCCGAAGUACGCGGUAAAUAUGACUCAUUCGAGGAUCCGUCUGGUGCCAUACCCAAGUUCCACUAUGGAACCCACUACUCCAACUCGGCCGGCGUGCUCCACUAUUUGCUUCGCGUGGAACCGUUUACCUCGCUGCACAUUGAACUGCAGAGCGGUCGUUUCGAUGUGGCCGAUCGGCAGUUCCACUCGAUACCUCAGACGUGGAAGCUGCUAAUGGACAAUCCGAAUGACGUGAAGGAGCUGAUCCCCGAGUUCUUUUACUUCCCUGAGUUCCUCAAGAACAUGAAUAAAUUUGACUUGGGCCACUUACAAAUAACCAAAGAAAAGGUGGACGAUGUCAUACUGCCAGCUUGGGCCACCACACCGGAGGAGUUCAUCGCUAUACACCGACGGGCUUUGGAAUCGGAGUAUGUUAGCCAGCACCUGCACCACUGGAUUGACCUGAUCUUUGGGUACAAGCAGAAGGGACCCAAGGCAGCGGAGGCUCUUAACGUUUUCUACUACUGCUCCUAUGAAGGCGCUGUGGAUUUGGACAAAAUCACCAACCCUGUAGAACGGGAGGCGGUUGAAGGAAUGAUUAAUAACUUUGGCCAAGUGCCAUCUCAGCUGCUGCGGGAGCCACAUCCACGACGCCUUACCCAGGAUGAGACAGCUAUCAAGCUCUUACGUGCUGAGCUCCGAAGGCCGGAUCUCACACAGUUUCUGGACAAGGUGGUGCAGUACUACUGCGAGCUGUCAACGCCCAAGGACCCCAUUGUGUACCUAAGUCCACCGCGAAGUCCUCCGAGAUCCUUCCUGCAGCUGAGUCCCGAUGUUCUAGUCAGCAUUUCCAAGUCCACCAUACUGGGCUGUAAUUCCUGGCUAUCCUUUGAUAAGGAUCAGGGAUUCCUGCUGGAAAUCGAUGCCACAACGGCUAAUCUAAAGAACCGCAAGCGGAUCUUUGGACCCUUCCACUCGUCACAGCAACCGCAUUCACAGCUCUUUGCAGUGAGCACGGAUGGCAAGCUGCUCUAUGCCGGUGGAAUCUGGGAUAACUCCUUAAGGGUGUAUAAUCUGAACAAGGGCAAGGCGGUGGCUUCGGUGACCCGCCACCUGGACAUCAUCACCUGCAUAGCACUGGACAAUUGUGGCUCGUACUUGGUUACCGGUUCCCGCGAUUGCACCAGUAUUGUGUGGAGCAUCCAAACAAAUCAGCAGGGUGGCGGAUCCACUAACAACAUUCCAGUUCAUGCGCUGACGGGUCAGUCGCACCUACAGGCCAUCACCCAGCUGAAUACCCAGAAUAGCUAUUCACCCAAGCCCUUGACGGUGCUCUAUGGUCACGACGAUGCCAUUUCCAGUGUAGCCAUCUACACGGAACUGGAUCUGGUGGUCUCUGGAUCCCUGGAUGGAACAGUUAACGUUUAUACGCUUCAGGAAGGUCAAUUUGUUAGAACACUUAAGCCCAUAGGAUGCACUGAGUCCUGUGUACAAAUCUCUUUCGUAACCCUUUCCUAUCAUGGUCACAUUGCCUUUAGUGCUCUGGAUGACACCUCGCACUCGGUGCACGUAUACAGCAUCAAUGGCUGCAGUCUGGGCUCCAAAUAUGUUUCCGGCAGGGUGACGGGGUUGGCCAGUGCCUCCGACUACCUGGUGGUGGCCGAUGAUGCCGGCGACAUCACCAUGAGCAGACUACACGGCUUGAAGCCCGUCUUCGACAUUCCGCUGCACGUGCCCAUCCAGACGGUGGUGGUCACUCCGGGCAACACCCACAUUCUGGCGCCGCUGCGAGAUGGACGCCUGGCGGUGAUCGCCGUGCAACUGCCCUCCGGCGGCAACAAGAAGCAUUCCGUGCUCAAUGUUUAGGUGCAGCAGGAGCUGGAAUGAACAUUGCUAAACUUACUGAAUUCCCGAAUUUUACCCUCUGCGUAGCAUAAGUUGUAGUCGCUCUAGUUUCCAUCAUUCUGCUUUUAGCACACCCUAGUUUUAUUUAUUGUGUCUUGUGUAAUUUGUCAUGAUUUAUUUUCUGUCUGUCUCCCGUGCUACGUGACGUGCCAAAAGCAAAGCCUUUGACCAACUCAUAAUUCCCAGAAAGUUGACAUAUGUAUCUAGAGGUAUUCAGCAAGUAGAUCGAUUGCAUUCGCGGAAUUUCUAUGCCAACCAAGCAAUAUUUCCCCAUCACAUGUCUGCUAGAUGUGGGCUAGGCGAUCCUCCAUCCUGGGCGGCAGAAAUGAUGAAUGGCACACCCCCUUCUUCGCCUCAUGAAAAUCCGAAUAAAUACAUAAAUCAUUCGUGCGGAGAGAUAGCUCGACAAAUGGGACGCAGGAGGAGAUUGGAGACGGAAAACUGGUUGUCGCCGCACUUGGCAACUACCACUACUUCUCUCUGACUCACGAGCGACUUUCAAAUUGGCCGAAAAAAGAAAAAGAAUGGAAACCGAAAAAAAGCGCCCGGCAACAGCGGCAAGGCGCUUAAAAAACGGCAACCGUUCGUCGAGAUCGACGGCAUCCAGCUGCUCGGUUGAUCAAGAGAAACACUUUCGUUGCGCCCCUUUUCGCCUGCAGAUACAACCAAAAAUAGAGACCAGAGAUCUUUGUCCCAUUAAGUACGCACACUCGGAUCGCAUGGUAUUGCUACUCAAUCAUUAACAGACCAUUUCCAAUUGAAGUAUUAUCACCGCACGACCACAGUCCGUCCACACAGAUCCGAGAAUCGAGAUCCACAUGUCAGACAAUACCCAGUGCGCCAGAGCAAGAGAUUCUAUCUAUUUCCAUACCACCCAGCACCAUUCCGAUCCCCGAAACUUCUGCCUUUGAUCUUACGCGUCGGCGAUUGUGAAAAAUCCCCCGCAGACUCUGAAAUCUGAAUUUCCAAAGACAUGCGACAAUAUCAAAGGUGACUUGAGAACACAUAUAUAUUUUACGAAUCGUAAUCGCAUACACGUAUAUAGUAUAGAACUUUAGCACAAUCGGGACGUGAGAUUAGCCCCCGUUUUGGAGACCCGGGCAGCUGCAACCACUGAACAAGCUAUCAAUAUCUACUCCAGCAAUAUAGUAUAUCAUCUGUGUACGUAAAGGUCCUUCUGGAUCGAGUUCGUUAUUUGUUGUUAGGAUCGUAUCGCAUUAUAUGGUAAAACUGUUUUCACCGUUCAAUGUACUUGUAUGUAUGUACGUAACUGUACGAGUUUAUGUAGAUAAUGUGACUAUUCGUAGUUUGUAGAUCUGUCAAUAAAGUGAUGAAAAGCACAGUGAAUGUA